AUAACACUCUGUACUCUCAAGUCUAAACUCAGCAACCGCCAAUUCCUAGACGCCAUUGAAAUGCUCUGAAUCUCUCUCUCUAGAGAUCUACAAAAUGCCGAGGCAAAACCAAAACAUGGAGAAUCUACUUCUCCUCGGAAAAAUCAGGAAACGCGGAUGCUCCUCUCCCACGUCCUCAACUUCCUCCGUUCUCAGGGAAGGUUACCGUUUCAAGAGAGCGAUUGUAGUCGGGAAAAGAGGAGGAUCCACCACUCCUGUCCCCACGUGGAGGCUCAUGGGCCGAUCUCCUUCUCCCGCUGGCUCUCCGGGACGCGCGCCGCCGUCGCAGUGCGGGAGCAGGACCGGGAGAGUAGCGGCUUCUGCUGCUGCAGCUCCUGUUUCGGCGAGGAAGUUGGCUGCGACUCUGUGGGAGAUGAACGAGAUGCCUUCGCCGAGAGGUGUGGAUGAGGCGGCGGUGGCGCCGAGGAAAGGGAGGAAGGAGAGGAUCGCUCCGCUUCCUCCGGCGGCGCCGAGGUCGGCUCGGUCUGGUUCGCUGCCGCCUCACCUCUCUGAUCCGUCGCAUAGUCCAGUCUCUGAGAGGAUGGAAAGAUCAGGGACUGGAAGUCGACAGAGAAGAGCAUCCUCUACUGUGCAGAAGCUUAGGCUUGGAGAUCAUAAUGUGGUGGCUAGGGAUCGUAUUAGCAAUGCUAGCUUCAUGGAUAUUGAGACAAGAUCACGGGCUGAGACACCGACUGGGUCAACUGUUGGAGUCAAAACACGGUUAAAGGAUUGCAGCAACGCUCUCACAACAUCAAAAGAGCUUCUCAAAAUCAUUAACAGAAUGUGGGGUCAAGAAGACCGCCCAUCUUCCAGCAUGUCCCUCGUCUCUGCUCUGCAUUCUGAGCUCGAAAGAGCUCGCUUACAGGUCAACGAGGUUAUCCGCGAACAUAAACCUGAAAACAAUGACAUUACCUACUUGAUGAAGCGUUUCGCUGAAGAGAAAGCAGCGUGGAAAAGCCACGAGCAAGAAGUCGUUGAAGCCGCAAUAGAAUCCGUUGCUGGUGAGCUCGAAGUGGAGAGGAAACUGAGGAGAAGGUUCGAGGGAUUGAACAAGAAACUAGGCAAAGAGCUAGCUGACACAAAAGCAGCUCUGAUGAAAGCAGUGAAGGAGAUAGAGAACGAGAAGCGAGCGAGAGUGAUGGUUGAGAAAGUUUGCGAUGAGCUAGCGAGAGACAUCAGCGAAGACAAAGCCGAAGUAGAAGAACUGAAGAGAGAAUCAUUCAAAGUCAAAGAAGAAGUCGAAAAGGAAAGAGAGAUGUUGCAGUUAGCUGAUGCAUUACGUGAGGAGAGAGUGCAGAUGAAACUCUCUGAAGCUAAGCACCAGCUCGAGGAGAAAAACGCAGCUGUUGAUAAGCUAAGGAACCAGCUUCAAACCUACCUCAAAGCUAAAAGAUGUAAAGAGAAGACCCUUGAACCUCCUCAGACCGAAGAGUACCUAAACUACCACAUCGGUUUUGGUUCAUAUAACAUCGAAGAUGGAGAAGUUGAGGAUGAAAACGAAGAAGAUUCUAACGAAAGUGAUCUUCACUCCAUAGAACUGAACAUGGAGAACAAGAGCUAUAAAUGGCCUUAUGGAGAAGAGAACAACAGAGUAGGGAGAAAGUCAACGCCAAGGAAAAGCCUUUCUUUACAGAGAAGCAUAUCAGAUUGUGUUGAUUGGGUUGUACAGAGCGAGAAGCUUCAGAAGAGUGGAGAUGGAGGUUUAGAUUGGGGAAGAUCUAUUGAAGUUGAGCCUAAAGGAGGGUACUUAGAUGAAACACAAGCUUAUAAACCAAGCAAGGCUUCUUCAAAAGAUCAUCUCGUCUCUGGUCCAAGACUAAGUAACUUCCGUGGUGGAUCGGUUUCGAAGUCGCGGUUAUCUGAUGCAGCCAAAGGGGAAAACCAGAAUGCUAGAAAAUCGAGAUGGUAAUGAGGUGAAGCUAGUAAAGUUAUUCACAUUUUGGUGGGCAGAGAUCAAAUAGAAUCUAAAGACUUUUGCAUGUUUUAAUGAUCUACAUUUUCUCUGUUCCCGCUCGUUUUGUCAAGAGUGAUUUCUUCGUAUGUAAGUUGACAACAACAACAAAAAAAACUUUAAUUUUUGGACUGUAAAAUGAUCCAAACAUGUAAGAGCUUGUAAGAAUCUGUCUAAAAUCAUCACUUUCAUUCCACCGCUGUCUUCUCUUAUAAUAAACACAGUUAAUUUGGGC